AAAAAGAAAGAGAUUAAGUCCUCUUCGAGCAGUCAGCUCUUUCCACGACCAUUUCUCCCUUGUUAAAACAACAACAAAACUUUUUAUUGGAAAAAUAAUAAUAAUAAAGGGGAAGGAAAGGGAAAGAUUCAGUGCUUAUCCAAUCCCCUUCAUCCUCAUCCAAAAAGCCCCCAUAAAUAGAAAGCAAGAUUGCAACUUUGAUACCGUUCUUCCACCUACCUUUUAGGAUUCCCUAAUUAAUGUAGCUUUUUAAAAUCAUACAGCCUGAUGAUGUAAUUGAUUUGUCACUAAGAAAUCGACCGAGAUCUCGCCAUGUCUGUGGAUUCCCACGGCCCUAGCGCGCGCGAUCUCGUCUGCAAUGCCGUCGCCGGCGCCUCCGCAGGGAUCAUAGCGGCGACGUUUGUGUGCCCGCUGGAUGUGAUCAAGACGAGAUUGCAGGUGCACGGCCUGCCCAAUUUUCCGCCCUCAGCUAAUCGAGGGAGCUUUAUUAUUUCAAGCCUACAACAAAUAAUAAAAAAUGAAGGCAUUCGAGGAAUGUAUCGUGGUCUUUCUCCUACAAUAUUGGCACUGCUUCCAAACUGGGCUGUGUACUUCACUGUUUAUGAUAAGCUCAAAGGCGUUCUCCAUUCACAUGCUGAUGAAAAUAAACAGCUCUCAACUGGCGCAAAUAUGAUUGCUGCUACAGGAGCAGGAGCUGCAACAGCUCUAACAACAAAUCCAUUGUGGGUGGUCAAGACCAGGCUCCAAACACAAGGAAUGAGGCCUGGAGUGAUACCUUACACUAGCAUAUUUUCUGCUCUGAAGCGGAUUUGUCAUGAAGAAGGCAUCCGAGGACUAUACAGUGGUCUGCUUCCUGCUUUAGCUGGAGUUAGCCAUGUUGCUAUCCAGUUUCCUGCAUAUGAAAAGAUCAAAGCUUACUUGGCAGGAAGAGAAAAUACUACGGUGGAUAAGCUCAGUCCUGGAAGUGUAGCAAUUGCUUCUUCGUUAUCUAAAAUACUUGCCUCAACAAUGACCUAUCCUCAUGAGGUCGUGAGGUCGAGGCUCCAAGAACAAGGCCAGGCUCGUGAUACAGGGAAACAUUAUAAGGGUGUUAUAGACUGUACUAAGCAGGUUUUCCAGAAGUCAGGAAUCCCUGGCUUUUAUCGUGGCUGUGCCACAAAUCUUUUGAGAACUACUCCUGCGGCUGUUAUCACUUUUACAAGUUAUGAGAUGAUCCAGAGAUUCCUGCAUCGAGUUUUGCCACCUGAGAAGAAACUCUCAGAAACUCGCUUAGAGGAUGGCAACAAUGGAUUGUCAUCACACGGUAGUACAAGUCCUACAGAGAAAGAAAUGAACACAAAGGUUCAGGAGUCGGAAACCCAGUUGACAAAAACAAAACUUGAAGCCAGACACUGAUGCUGUUUUGUAACUGAAUAUGACUAGGAUAUAGAUAUGAUUGUAAUAUUCUUUUUCUCUUUUUGCCAAUAAAUUAAAGGCACCAUUUUUCCCUUGAACUGGUGAACUGCAUUUGCGCAAGCCUUGGUGCUGCUGAUUGCGACAAAUCUUAUACAUGGAUCUUUAGUUUGAAGCA